GGAGGCGGAGAUGCACCUGGGUACGGUAGCUGUUCAAGCGAAAGGGCGGAGGAAAGGAAAGGGGUCCACCGAGUGGACUGAAAAUGACAGUGUGACUUAGCAUCCGUUCCUCUUUCAGUUUCGUAAUGCAUGACUUUACUGAAAACUAGUCUACGUUGACGUGUGGCCAGAAACGAAUGGCUGAAAAGAUACAUUGGGGUUUGUUGGCCAUGAUACAUGUCAUCUGCUGCUAGGUCACCCUCUGCCUUUGGCCGACGUCCAAACCCAUCAGGUGGCGCUGUGUUUACCCUGAUUGCUGAACACUGUACACCUUCAGGGGGUCACACAUUAAAGGGCCGGUGGGGUUGUUGGAGGUCGUGCAUUGCGAUGCAGCAGGGGUGAAGGGGCUUGGCUGCGGGGGACGGACACACACACGGACGAGGAGGGGAUAGGGGCCGGUCAGUGUGGAGAUGAAGCUCAAACAGCGCAUGGUGGUGCUGUGUGCUGUGCUGCUCCUGCUGGGCCUGGCCAAGAUCUUCCUGCUGGAUGGUGGUGAAGGAUCUGCAGCCAGCCGGCGGGAUGUCCGAGCAUUUCGUAAGAUGGAAGCCAGCCUCUCUCUUCCUCGUGGUGCUCGCCUCACCCACACCCUUCAGUCUCCAUGGGAGAUUGCCAGCCAGUGGGUGGGGCCCAGGGAGGUGUACCCGGAGGAGACCCCCGAGCUGGCUGCUGUGCUCACCGCCAUGAGCACGGCGAGAAUAGAGCGUGCAGACGUGGGCUAUAAGGGCACGCAGCUGAAAGCCUUGUUGGUCCUGGAUGGAGGACAGAAAGUAGUCUUCAAACCCAAAAGGUACAACCGAGACCACAUAGUGGAAGGUGAACCAUAUGCAGGUUAUGAUCGACACAACGCGGAAGUGGUCGCUUUUCACCUGGACAGGAUCCUGGGAUUCAGGAGAGCGCCUCUGGUUGUAGGGCGACACGUCAACCUGCGAACAGAGAUCAAACCUGUGGCCACUGACCAGCUGCUAAGCACGUUUCUCACACAGGGCAAUAACACAUGUUUCUAUGGGAAGUGUUACUACUGCCGGGAGACGGAGCCCGCCUGCGCAGACGGAGAGGUGAUGGAGGGCUCCGUGACACUUUGGCUGCCCGACGUCUGGCCUCUGCAGAAACACAGACACCCAUGGGGGCGCACGUACAGAGAGGGGAAACUGGCCAGAUGGGAGUACGAUGAAAGUUACUGUGACGCCGUCAAGAAAAUGCCGCCGUACGACGCGGGGCCCAGGCUGCUGGACGUCAUCGACACGGCUGUCUUUGAUUAUCUCAUCGGGAACGCCGACCGUCAUCACUACGAGAGCUUCCAGGACGAUGGAGGAGCCAGCAUGCUGAUCCUGCUGGACAAUGCAAAGAGUUUUGGCAAUGCGGCUCUGGAUGAACGGAGCAUCCUGGCACCGCUCUACCAGUGCUGCAUGAUCCGCGUUUCCACGUGGAACAGGCUGAACUUUCUGAAAGGUGGUACUCUGAGUUCAGCGAUGCGCCGGGCUCUGGCUUUCGAUCCCAUCCACCCGGUUCUGGCCGAACCGCACCUCGCAGCCCUGGAUAGGCGUCUGUCUGGAGUCAUAGCGACUGUGAAGCAGUGUGUGGAGGCGCAGGGACCGGACAACACUUUGAUAGAGGACCGAAUGAACCUCCCACACCCUUAGAGAGGGGAGGAGGAGGCAAGACGGGGGUCCUGAGGGGAGGAAGAAUCAACACGUAGGACCAAAGACGGCCUCAUCUCUUUAUUUUUUUUCUUCUGGCAAAAUGAGGGAUCUUCUCAAACGUGACUACUUUGCAAAAACUCAGGACCUUAAGCAGUCAAGACUGUAUCUACUGUAAGGACUGUCCGUUUCAUACUACUACUGGAUUUGGUGCCAACUUCUUCCCAGAAGGUUUUUUUUUCUUUCUUCUAGGAGACAAAGGAGGAGAGAGUCCAAAAACUGCCUGAAUGAAUGAAUCAAGACUGAACCCUGAGCAGAGAAAAGACUCCUCAUGUCCCAUUAGUGUACAUAUUUACCUGCUGCGGAACAGUGCCAUGGCAUCUCCCCAUUGCAGAAAAAAACUGUAAGGCGUGCAUGUUGGGCCAUAUUGUGCCGUUUAUGAGAAGCUAGUGACUUGAAUGGGAUAGAAAAGGGGGUGCUGCUGCUGUGUGGGUUCAUCUCCAGCAUUAAACUAAGGUCUGUUUUUAAAUUUGGUUUUCUCAGUCAUCCUUCCCCACUUGAAAGGGCCAGGCCCCUUUCAGAAAUGUGUCAGGCGGCGGGCGCCGGCCUCUCGCCAUGCAGCUUUCAGGCUGAGGGGCUUUCGUUUUGCUUUUCCUGUUAUUGUUUGGACGGCGGCGCGUUAGUCAUCGUUUCUGAUGUGUCAGAGUGUUUCUCAGACACAUCUCACCGCUCGUGGAUGCUAUCGAGUUUAUGAUGACCUGAAAGACUCACUUUCUGUAAACCACAUUGAUUUAUUUCCAAUUCAGAUUGAACUUUUAUUUAAGACGUAAUUUAUUAGAAAUUAAAAAAAUAAAAUAAAUACAGAAGACUCA